AUGGCAGAUUUAGCUGAUCAGUUUAGAGAAGCUAGAGGAGGAGAUAUUAUUCCGGUGCUAAGUCGUACAAACAUGGUGAGAUCAAUAUCCAAAGAUCAUUCAACAUAUUUUCAGUGCAGAGCUAAUGUAUCAUCAGGGCGGCCCAAUUUGAAGGGAAAUGGAAAUAGAGGGGGAAAACAUGGUAAUCAACCAAUGAGAACUAGUGUUCGCUGCUUUUUGUGUAAUAAACCAGGUCACUAUGCUCAAGAUUGUUUCAGCAAAAAUUCCCCAAAGUCUGCAUUUGUUGAGGCUGCAGGUAAUGAGUAUCAGAGAGGUGCAGGGCAAGUGCCAUUUGCAGAUCCAAGGUAUCAACACACGGGUUUUAGAGGAAGAGGAUAUAGCCACGGAAAAGAAAGGGGUCAAGGUCAAAAUGUCCUUGCAUGUGAUAGACGUAUUGAUGGUACAAGAUACAGCGAACCGACAUUGAGCUCAGCUUGUAAUCAACAGGAUACAAAUCCACACAGAAUGCCAGUACUUGGAGGUAAGAUUGGUACUCAGCAUGUGUCUGUUUUGAGGGACACUGGUUGCAGUGGAGUUUAUAUUAGGAGGAGUUUAGUACCUGAUGACCAGCUUAGCGGUAAGAUUCAAAUUUGUCUUUUAGCGGAUGGUACAGAAGUAGAAGCUCCUUUGGCAGAGUUGUCUAUUGACACACCUUUUUUCACUGGUAAAGUACAGGCUUGGUUUAUGAACAAUCCAGUAUUUGAUGUAAUACUAGGUAACAUUUCAGGAGUAAGACCACCAGAUGAUCCUGAUCAUAACUGGGAAGCUCGUAUACAGGCUGUUCAAACGAGGGCACAAGUGGUGAAAGAAGCUAAGCGGUAUCAGAAAUUAAGAGUUCCAGAAGCUUUACAGAUUGAAGCAACUCCUGCAGAAAUACAGCAAGCCCAACAAGAGGAUCAAAGUUUAAGGAAAUGCAGAGAAUUUGUACAAGCAGAAGCAGAAAAAAUAACCAAAGGUGGAGGUAAAGUGUAUUUUACAACACGGAAGGGAAUGUUGUAUAGGGUAUUUCAAGCACCAAAGAGAACUGAAGGACAAAGGUUUACCCAAUUGGUCGUUCCUAAGCAGCUAAGGAAUACAGUUCUGGGGAUAGCACAUGAAUCACUGAUGGCAGGUCGUUUUUCUACACAGAAAACAAAGGAGCGUGUAUUGGCAGAAUUUUGGUGGCCAGGUAUUCAGUCAGAGAUAGCUCGGUUUUGUCGUUCAUGUGAUAUUUGCCAGAGGACAGUUCCAAAAGGUAAGAUAAUAAGAGCACCUUUAGGAGAUAUGCCACUCAUAGAAAUACCUUUUCAACGAAUUGCAGUGGAUCUGGUCGGUCCAUUAGAACCGGUCACUGACAGGAAAAACAGGUAUAUUCUUACACUUGUCGACUAUGCUACGAGGUACCCAGAGGCAGUUGCAUUACCUGGCAUCGAUACCGAGAGAGUUGCUGAGGCACUGGUGGACAUCUUUAGUAGAGUUGGUGUACCUAGAGAAAUGCUUACUGACAUGGGUUCUCAGUUUACAUCUGAACUAAUGGCAGAGGUGAGUAGACUUUUAUCGAUUCGCCAGCUUACCACCACUCCCUACCAUCCAAUAUGCAAUGGACUGGUGGAGAAGUUCAAUGGAACACUGAAGUCGAUGCUCAAGAAAAUUUGCUCAGAACAUCCAAAGGACUGGGAUAAGUAUAUAAAUGCACUGCUGUUUGCAUAUCGAGAGGUUCCUCAGGAAAGUUUGGGUUUUUCUCCUUUUGAACUACUUUAUGGUCGCAGUGUACGAGGUCCUAUUGCAAUUUUGAAAGAACUUUGGACAAAAGAGGUUCCAGACCCUGAUAUUAAAACUACCUACAAGUAUGUGUUUGAGUUGUAUGAGAGACUUAACAAAACUUGUCAACUAGCUCAUAUCAACUUGAGAAAAGCAUCACAGAGAUAUCGUAAGUACUACAACAGAAGGACUAGAGACAGACAGCUAAAGGUUGGUGACAAAGCUUUGGUACUCCUUCCUACCAGUAACAAUAAAUUACUGAUGCAAUGGAAAGGUCCAUUUGUAAUUACUGAAAAGGUAGGUACUUUGGAUUACAGAGUAGAUAUUAAUGGAAAGAGCAAACUGUUUCAUAUCAAUCUUUUGAAGUCUUACUUUGAAAGAACUGUUGUUCAAGGUGCAGAUGCAGGUGUGCUUUCCAUUGUCAAUGUAGCAGUCAUUGAUUUGGAUAUGGAGGAUACUGAAUCAGAGAUGAUGUCGAAUAAUAUUCCAUCAUAUCCUGACCCUAUGCAAACAGAAAAUGUAAAUGAUGUUAAGGUAAGUGCGGAACUGUUAGAUGAUCAACGUCAGGAGAUUAACCAGGUUUUAAAGCACUUCUCUGACACGUUGACAGAUGUUCCAGGUUAA